CAGGACUAACGGGAAAAAACCUAAAUACAUUAAAAUCUCUCGAACUCUCCCACGACUGAUCCCUGUAAAUCUUUCAUCGUCCCGGUGCUUCGAGGUCUUUCUUCUUCAUCUUCUUCUUGAAUUUAGUGCUCGCUUUAUUACCAAAGAGAAUCAAGGGUGCGUGGUUUCAGAAAAAGGGUCCUUAUGUAGCACUGGUUCAGUUGAUUAAGGUGCAACUCCUAAUAGUUAUUGUCAAGUAGCAUAUCGUGGCUUCCUCCGUAAUUGGACACAGUAGAUUUGGAGUUCCUUUCAUGGGAACAAGGGAGUUCAAAAGAAUGUCCAGGGGACAAUCUCAAACACGUACUCAGUUUGGCAGGAGAGUUUUAGGAAAGUGUAGAGGGAAAGAAAAAGUUAAUAAUGCGGUCAUAAUCGAUGUUGAUAGUAGUGAGGAACAUGACUUUAUCAUCGUCGAUGAGCCAGAAUGUUCUAAGAAGAUAUUUCAAAGUUCUAGGGUAUCAGUUGAAAGAAAGAAGUCACCGUGUAGUGUCAUUAUUAGCAUUGACGAUGAUGAUGAUGUUGACGAACUUGUAAAUAGUGAUGAUGUACUGAGACAUGCUGGCCAAAGAAAUGUAUCUGGUAAUGCUUCUGACCAAUCACUUUCUGAAGAAUCAAACAGUGGUCAUCAUGGAUUUGCCCAUGAAAGUCCAUCCCAUCCGAAUGUAUUUAAGUCGAAGCCUAGACAAUCUAAUUGUUAUGGCUUAUACACUGACUCUGAUAGUAGUUCCUCUGAAAGUGAUAGUUCUGACGUUGAGGUUAUGGAAGGUUCUUCAGGAAAAAUACGUGAGCAGUGGGAAAGGGCUGCUUCGAAGAAAAAAAUGUUUGAUCAUGUCGUAAAUGAUCAGUCUAAUUUUAAGGAUCAGGCCUGUGCCUCUGGGUCAUUCGCUGAUAAUUCAGAAAAUGCUGCCGUUCCAAAGACGACUGAGCAUUUUUAUCGUACAAACAAUGGAAAUGGUGAUGGGCUUAUUGAUAAUGACAUUGUCAUGGAUUCAAUAUAUGAAACGGGCAAUAAAGACGACGAGUUUGAAUUGCCGAAUGAGGAGGACUUUGUGAGCAAAAAGAGAAAUAUGGAUGAUUCACAUGUUAAUCAUGACAAUUACCCUGUAGACAAAGAUGAAGGGCUUUCGACGUCAUAUGACAGAGCCAGCACUGGCGUGACUUGUUCCAUGGAAAAGGGAAAAGCGUUUGAUGAUUUUGAUUUUGGGAAAGCUUGUUUCCUGGGUAAAGAAAAAGUUUCCCAGGAGAAGACUGAGUUACAGGAUACAGAGGCAUGUGGUAGCAACAGUAGAAAAUCAGAUGCAGCGGAGUGUAAUUAUGAUAAAUACAAGACUCGGGAUGAAGAUGUUGGGUAUUUUCAAGAAACUCCUUGCGACAGAUCUAAUAAUGGUAUAGCCUGUUCAAUGGAGAAAGAGAAGUCAGUUCCUGGGAAAACUGAUUUUUGCAAUGCUCAAACAUCGCACAUAAGUGAAACAUUUUUUGAAGAAAAAUCAUCACCAGCCAAUCCAUUGUUGUGCAAUGAUCUAGAGGCGGAGACUGCACAUGAUAUCCAGAAUGAUUUAAUUGACGGAAGGGAAAAAUACAAGGAAACUGCCGAGUACAAGCGUGCAAUGGAAGACGAAUGGGCGUCUAGGCAGCGCGAGUUACAAAAUCAGGCUGAAGAAGCACAGCGUUUAAAGAAGAGAAGAAGGGCUGAGACUGCGCGUUUGUUAGACAUGGAGAAAAGGCAGAAGCAACGCUUGGAAGAAAUGCGGCAAACACAAAAGAAGGACGUUGAAACUCGGAACUUGAAAGAAGAGAUUCGUGCAAAAGUAAGGAAAGAGCUCGACAAAGUAGAAAAGUUAUAUUAUGAUAUGGCUUCUCUACUGCGUUACUUGGGGAUCAAUGUGCGAGGGGGGCCCCAUCCCAUGCCGCGUGAGGUACACACAGCUUAUAAACAAGCCUUACUAAAGUUCCAUCCUGAUCGAGCAUCAAGAAAUAACAUCCGUGAACAGGUUGAAGCAGAGGAGAAAUUCAAGCUUAUUUCGCGCUUGAAGGAGAAACUAUUACCAAUUUGACAUAAUGGAUAUUGUGACACUGUUUUGAGUUAUGAGUUCUGUUUAUGCGUUUAUUAUAAGAAGGUGCUAUAAUUAGAGAUGGUCACAACUGCCUGGUUCUGAUUUAUUUUUUGAUUUCCCAGGUGCUGAGUCAUGUUAGGUUCUUGCUACUUAGCUUAUCAGGUUUCAGUUCAAACAGUAGGAUUCUUGUAUAUAUAUAUAUAUAUAUAACACUAUACCAGACUUUCUUGGUAAAGAAAUUAGUAUUCUUUUGAUUCUUUU